AUGAAGAGAUUGUGGGCUAAGUAUCGACAAUCUCGAGAUGAAGAUCAUGAAGAGCUGUGUACGACUAAUGCUCUUGUGGUAGCAGCAGUCGCUGAAGCCGAAGCUUUCUCCGGAUCACGACGACGGGGUUCUCAACCGGGGCGUACACCGAAUGAGGAGCGAUUUAGGGAAUCAAGAGGGAAGGACAUGAUGGAAGAUUACUUUGUGGAGCGUCCAGUUUUCAGUGAAGAGGUAUUCCGGACACGGUACAGGAUGAGUCACAAUGUUUUCAACCGUAUCUCCAGUGACCUUUGUCGCUAUGACCAGUACUUUGUCCAGAAAUCAGAUGCUGCAAAGAAAGUCGGACUACUUCCCCAGCAGAAGCUGACAUGUUCCUUAAGAAUGCUUGCUUAUGGUGUCGGGGCAGAUCAAUGCGCUGAGUAUUGUCGGAUGGCGAAAUCAACUGCCAUUGAAGCUCUGAAACGAUUUACAAGAGGAAUCGUUAAUCUGUACUCGGCAGAAUACCUCCGGGCUCCUACUCCGGCCGACCUCAGAAGACUUCUCGCCAAAGCUGAGAGAAGAGGCUUUCCUGGGAUAAUUGGAAGCAUCGACUGCAUGCACUGA